AACUUUGUGAUCUGAUGGAUUCUGAUGCAAGCCCAGGGGCUUUGGAAAGGCUGACUCACGGAUCCAAGGGAUAUUUCCUGGACACCGACCCAGGCCCAGGGACUCGGGAAUGACUUGAAGUUGUCCCUAAAAGGAAUGCAUCUAAAGGACCCAGAGUGUGUGGGUGUUAGGGUGGUGGGUGGUUCAACCCUGACCCUCCAGGGUUUCCUGCUCUCCCGGGCUCCUGGGCCAGGAAAGAAGCUCAGAAAUGUGGAGUCUGGACCAGAUCUUGGUUUCUUUCAAGCGGGUAGAAAAAUAAAGAACAGCGUCUCCCCCCACGGCCCCCAUCUUGGAAGCUUUCUGGACUUCACCGCCGCCUUCCGUUUGCAGCCUCCCCGACUCCUGGAUGCCCCCAGAUUCCAGUGCAGUGAAAAGUCCAUCAUAGCUGGCCCCCAAGCCAUGGCCGGUCUGAGGUACGGCCGCCCCACCUGCAUCAGGGUGGCCUUCAGCUCCGCCAGCACCAGGGCCGGCUUCCGCAAGAGGCAGAGAAACACACUCCAUCGCUUCAAGGCCAAUCACAAAAAGAAUCACAUGGACUUAAUUGAAGGUAUCUGGAGAGAGUUUUUAGAUCCUUUCGAUGGCGAUUCAGAAGACCCCCCCGGUCACCUGGCCUCCAGCCACAGUGACUGUUCUCCGGGUGACGCGAAUGGUACUGGGCCUUCCCACGCGCUCAGGUGCGGGAGUCCGGGAGAAGUUCGCUUAGAAGACCCUCUCUCGUCCAAAACCGCAGACCUCCCGCUGAGAGCGGCCAGCCGGGGCCCCUCGUCCCUCGAGGCCAACGACGUGGAUAUGCAGCCUGUGGAGACCAGCAGCCCCAAGGCCCGAGGCCGGGCAGCCCGGUGCUCGGGGUCGCCGGAAGACUGGAGGAUGACCGAGGACCCGUGGCCCAGGGCAGCUGGCCCCCUCCUCCCCGCCGCGGGCCCCCCGGAGCCCUGCCGCCCCGCGCAGAGCAGAACCAGAGCCGCCCGGCAGCCACCCAGACUCGGGGGUGAGAAGGACAAGGGACCCAAGAUCACCCUCUCCAAGAGGAAACUGGAACUUCUACUUGCAGAGCCUGAGAAAACUAAGAGAAAGAAGCAGUAUGUGGCCUAGACCAAGCAGGCAUGAACUGAGCACAAGUCUGGUGCCAGCGCCAGGUGGCCGCUGCCCACACGCCUAGGACCGCUGUCCCCAAGUGCCAAUAAAAGGGAAGCGCACGU